CACCUCCUCGCCGCCGCCGCCUCCUCCGGGCGCUGCCAGCGGACGCUGCCUUGCAACAUGCCGAGGAGGAAACAGCAAGCGCCCCGGCGCGCAGCAGCUUACGUUUCGGAUGAACUGAAGGCAGCAGCAAUGGCAGAAGAUGACCUAGAACCCGACGACAACGUGAUCGAUGGAGAACCUUCUGCCAAAUAUGCCUGUCCGGAGAAGGACUUCACUAAGAACUGCCAGAGCUACCAGAACUCUCCAGCUGCCGAGUUUUCCAGCCAUGAGAUGGACAGCGAGUCGCACAUCAGCGAAACCAGUGAUCGCAUGGCCGACUUUGAAAGCAGCUCCAUCAAGAAUGAGGAGGAGAGCAAAGAGGUCUCCAUCCAGCUGGAGGAGUCUGUUGUCUCGGACAGCUUGGAGCAGAUGAAAGCAGUCUACAAUAACUUCCUCUCCAACUCCUACUGGUCCAACCUGAACUUGAAUCUCCACCAGCCAACCUCUGAGAAGAACAAUGGGAGUAGUAGCAGCAGCAGCAGUAGCAGCAGCAGCUGUGGGAGCGGCAGCUUUGACUGGCAUCAGACGGCCAUGGCAAAGACACUGCAGCAGGUCUCGCAGAACAGGAUCCUUCCUGAGCCUAGCCUUUUUAGCACAGUCCAGUUGUAUAGACAAAGCAGCAAACUUUAUGGCUCCAUAUUUACUGGGGCCAGUAAAUUCCGCUGUAAAGACUGCAGCGCUGCCUAUGACACAUUAGUGGAAUUAACGGUGCACAUGAAUGAAACGGGACAUUACCGGGAUGACAACCACGAAACAGAUAACAAUAACCCUAAAAGGUGGUCCAAGCCUCGUAAGCGCUCUUUGCUCGAAAUGGAAGGGAAAGAAGAUGCUCAGAAAGUCUUAAAGUGUAUGUACUGUGGCCAUUCAUUUGAGUCGCUUCAAGACUUGAGUGUGCACAUGAUCAAAACAAAACAUUACCAAAAAGUGCCUCUGAAGGAACCCGUAACCCCUGUAGCAGCAAAAAUAAUCCCAGCCCCAAGAAAGAAAACAUCAUUGGAGCUAGAACUUCCAAGUUCUCCAGACUCCACUGGUGGGACACCAAAAGCAACAAUUUCUGAUGCCAGUGAUGCACUUCAAAAGAAUUCCAAUCCUUACAUCACACCGAAUAAUCGCUAUGGACACCAGAACGGUGCCAGCUAUGCUUGGCAUUUUGAAGCAAGGAAAUCUCAAAUUCUUAAGUGCAUGGAAUGUGGGAGUUCCCAUGAUACUUUGCAGGAGCUCACUGCCCACAUGAUGGUGACAGGACAUUUCAUUAAGGUCACCAACUCUGCCAUGAAGAAAGGGAAGCCUAUCAUAGAGGCCCCCGUCACGCCAACGAUCACGGCUUUGCUUGAUGAGAAAGUACAGUCCGUGCCCCUGGCAGCCACCACCUUCACGUCUCCUUCCAACACGCCCUCUAGCAUCUCCCCAAAAUUAAACAUGGAGGUAAAGAAAGAAGUUGAUAAGGACAGAAUCAUUGCUGAUGAGAAGAUGAAAGACAAGGAAAAAUCAAGUGAGGAUGAGGAAAAGUAUGACAUCUCCUCAAAAUAUCAUUAUUUGACUGAAAAUGAUUUGGAAGAGAGUCCCAAAGGGGGACUGGAUAUCUUGAAAUCUUUAGAAAACACGGUCACGUCAGCUAUUAACAAAGCCCAGAAUGGCACACCCAGUUGGGGUGGCUAUCCCAGUAUUCAUGCUGCCUACCAGCUGCCCAACAUGAUGAAGUUGUCCCUCGGUUCGUCGGGGAAAAGUACUCCUUUGAAGCCGAUGUUUGGAAAUGCUGAAAUAGUAUCGCCAACGAAAAGCCAACCUUUGGUGUCCCCGCCCAGCAGUCAGACAUCCCCUGUGCCAAAAACCAACUUCCAUGCCAUGGAAGAGCUGGUCAAGAAAGUAACCGAGAAAGUGGCCAAAGUUGAAGAGAAAAUGAAGGAGCCUGAAGCAGGGAAGCUGUCUCCGAUGAAGAGAGCAACACCUUCGCCAUGUAGCAGCGAAGUCAGCGAGUCCCUCAAGAUGGACACUUCCAAUGACAUUGGGUUCAAAAGCCAACAGAAUAGCCCUGUUUCACAGAGGGAGAGCUGCAAAGACAGCCCAACAGGAGAACCAGUUGAAAAUGGUAAGGAGCUGGUCAAGAACAUCACAAGUUCCUUGAGCAGCAGCACAGCUAUUAUCACCGACCACCCUCCAGAGCAGCCAUUUGUAAACCCAUUAAGUGCAUUGCAGUCUGUCAUGAAUAUUCAUCUUGGGAAGGCAGCUAAGCCUUCCUUGCCUGCCCUUGACCCAAUGAGCAUGCUUUUUAAAAUGAGCAACAGCCUAGCGGAAAAGGCAGCUGUGGCCACCCCACCUCUGCAGUCCAAGAAGCCAGACCACUUAGACCGUUAUUUUUAUCACGUCAACAAUGACCAGCCCAUAGAUUUGACGAAAGGGAAGAGUGACAAAAGCUGCUCUUUGGGUUCAGCGCUUUUGUCAUCCACAUCGGUGUCUUCAGCAUCCUCUUCAUCUACAGUGACAACGGCAAAGACAUCUGCGGUUGUGUCAUUCAUGUCAAACUCGCCGCUACGCGAGAAUGCCUUGUCAGAUAUCUCUGAUAUGCUGAAGAACCUGACAGAAAGUCACACAUCAAAAUCCUCCACGCCUUCCAGCAUCUCUGAGAAAUCUGACAUUGACGGGACUACAAUAGAGGAACCGGAAGAGGCGACCCCGGCUCAGAAGAGGAAGGGGCGCCAGUCCAACUGGAACCCUCAGCAUUUGCUCAUUCUUCAGGCACAGUUUGCAGCCAGCUUGCGGCAGACAUCGGAGGGGAAAUACAUCAUGUCGGACUUGAGCCCUCAGGAGAGGAUGCACAUUUCCAGGUUUACGGGGCUCUCAAUGACCACUAUUAGCCACUGGCUGGCCAAUGUGAAAUACCAGCUCCGAAGGACAGGGGGGACAAAGUUCCUUAAAAAUUUGGACACUGGGCACCCGGUGUUCUUUUGCAACGACUGUGCUUCCCAAAUCAGAACUCCUUCGACGUACAUCAGUCACCUUGAAUCGCAUCUAGGUUUUAGGCUACGAGACUUGUCCAAACUGUCCAGUGAACAGAUUAACAAUCAGAUAGCACAAACAAAGCCACCCUCUGAAAAACUGUUGGCACCUUCGCCGGAGGAAGAAAUAGGGACCUCCUACCAGUGUAAACUUUGCAACAGGACUUUUGCAAGCAAGCAUGCCGUUAAGCUCCAUCUCAGUAAAACACACGGGAAGUCUCCAGAGGACCAUCUUCUCUAUGUGUGUGAAUUGGAAAAGCAGUAGCAUUUGCUUUUGACACACACCCAAACCACAAUGACAAUUGUACUUGGCUUUGAGGAAAACUGUCCAAAACAAACAAACAAAAAACCCGCCUUAAAGCUCCCCUUUUAGUUUCUUUUCUUGGCACAUAAUUUUUACUUUAACUCUGGGGUGUCACUCUUGGCCUGAACGACUUCUCUCUUUCGUUGUAUAACUGUACAGUGUUUAAUAGAGGUGCAUAAUCAGCUGUUGUUACUGGUAAAAUAUGAAGGUUAAAACGCAGUGGUAAGUGUUUGGAACUUUGUGUAAAUUGGGGUUUAGUUGCUGUGCAUCCCUCCGAUGCCUUGAGCUGCAUGCAUUAACAAGACAGUUUAAUUAAGCAUUUAUUAACUAAUUCUAGUGCACUUUUUCCAUGGUGAUUCAAGUGUGCUGGUCGUUCUCACCCUGUAAAUUUUUAGCCCUCUGAGUACUUUGAAGCACUUUUGCAUUAAUUUGGUUUUUUUAAAAUAAGAAUAAUUAUUAUUAUAUUAA